AUGGGAAACUGGGAGUCGCACGUGUCCUCGGUGCCGGCUGCGCAGCUGGGGGAGCUGAUCGAGGGCAGCCUCAGGCCGCCCGCGGAGGGCGAGAGGCACAUCCGCCAGGUGGUGCAGACCAUCUGCGACGCGCUGCUGAGCGCCGAGCACUUCCCCCGGGUCCACGGGGUGGCCAAGGGUGGCUCCUAUGGACGGGGAACAUUCCUGAAAGGUGACACCAGAGGUACCCUUGUCCUCUUCCUCAAUCACUUGGAACAAUUCCAAGAUCAGAAGAAAAACCAACAACAAGUCCUCAACAUAAUCGAGCAGCGGCUCACAAGCCACCCUCUGCAUUUCCAGUGGGAAGUCACGAAACUCCAGGGCUACCUCAUGGUCCAUGUGUCCACACGAUGGCAAAGCGUGCACUUACAAGUGUUGCCUGCCUUCAAUCCUUUGGGUGUAGGUGAACCCAGCCGCUGGGUCUACCGAGCUCUCAAAAGAACCAUAGAUCAAACAGGCGCCUCACCUGGUGAGUUCUCAGUGUGCUUCACAGGGCUCCAGGAGAAGUUUUUCAGCAAGUACCCCAGAAAAUUGAAGGACUUGAUCCUGCUGGUCAAGUACUGGUAUCAACAGUGCCAGAAAAAAUGGGAGAGUUCCUCCUAUCUAGAUCCAUAUGCUCUGGAGCUGGUCACAGUGUAUGCCUGGGAACAGGGCUGCCAAGUGGAAGACUUUGGGCUCGCUGAAGGCGUCAGGACUGUACUGCGGCUCAUCACACAACAGGAGCAGCUGUGUGUCUACUGGACAGUCAACUACAACUUUGAGGAUGAGAUGGUCAGGAACAUCCUUCUACAUCAGCUACGGUCGCAAAGGCCAGUAAUCUUGGAUCCAACUGACCCAACCCACAAUGUGGUCCAAAACCACCAUGUCUGGAAGAAACUGAAAGAAGAGGCUCAAUUAUGGCUGGCUUCCCCCAGCCUGAACAAUGUGUCACCCGCGCCUCAUUGGAAUGUUCUGCCUGCGCCGCUCUUCAUCACCCCGGGUCACCUUCUCGACAAGUUCAUCAAGGAUUUCCUCCAGCCCACCAAGGUUUUCCGAGAGCAGAUCUGCAGGGCUGUUGACAUGAUCUGUACAUUCCUUAAAGAAAAUUGCUUUCGAGGUUCAACUAUCAAAGUCCAGAAUAUCGUCAAGGGAGGAUCGACUGCCAAAGGCACGGCUCUGAAGCACGGCUCUGAUGCCGACAUCGUCGUGUUCCUCAGCUCCCUGAAGAGCUACACCUCCCAGAAAGCCGAGCGCAGCGACAUCAUCAGGGAGAUUCGUCAGCAGCUGGAAACUUGCCAGCAAACCCAAAACUUCGAGGUGACGUUUGAGGUUUCCAAGUGGAAGGCCCCUAGGGUGCUGAGCUUCACCCUGAAAUCCAAAAGUUUCAACGAAAGCGUCGACUUUGAUGUACUGCCAGCCUUCAACGCAUUAGGCCAAGAGCAGUCCAAGCCCAGCCCCAGGGUCUAUGCAGAGCUCAUUGAGCUGUACAAAUCCCCGGAUGUGCUGGGAGGAGAAUUUUCCACCUGUUUUACGAAGCUACAGAGCAACUUCAUUGAAAGCCGGCCCAUCAAGCUGAAGGAUUUGAUUCGUUUGGUGAAGCACUGGUUCAAACAGUGUGAAAGGAAAAUGAAGCCCAAGGGGUCUUUGCCCCCAAAGUACGCCUUGGAGCUGCUCACGGUGUAUGCGUGGGAGCAGGGCAGCGGCCUGGACGAUUUCGACACAGCUGAAGGCUUCCGGACCGUCCUGGAGCUGGUCACCCAGUACCAGCAGCUCUGCAUCUUCUGGACCAUCAAUUACAGCUUUGAGGAUGAGGGCAUGAGGAAGUUCCUACUGAACCAGAUCCAGAGAACCAGGCCUGUGAUCUUGGACCCAGCCGAACCUACUGGCGAUGUGGGUGGAGGAGACCGCUGGUGUUGGCAUCUUCUAGCCAAAGAAGCUAAGGAGUGGCUGGCCUCUCCCUGUUUCACAAAUGGGGCCGGGUACCCUGUAAUGCCGUGGAAAGUGCCAGUAAGGGUGAUCUAAAGGAUAUGGGCAGCCCUGUAACAGACGGUACAAACUGCAGGAAGCUGUGGUGCUCAGCUCCACCUUACUGUCAGCAAGAUGUUCUCUUUCUGAAGCCAUUUGGUCCUGCCAUGGUGAUCUGGAGGAAACUUCUAGAGUAUAAAAUAGAAGCUGGAUCCUUCCCUCCCUAGCUGAGUCCCCCUCCCUCCUCCCCUCCCUCCCUGCCUCUGGAACUCUCAAGACACAAUUCAAGACUGCAGAACCUUCUGGGGUCUUGCUUUGUGGUUGAACCCUCUCUCUGUGGCUGACCUUAAAGGCAUUUGCCCUCCACCAGCUCCCUGUGCUCCUUAUUUCUGUCCACUUCUCCGUAUUUCUCCAGCCAGGCCUCCCCUGUGCUUCUAGCCUCUGCAAGGACUCUGUCUGGGUCUCCAAGGCUGAGUUCUUCACACCCGUCAUGCCCAGCUAGCUCUCAGAGCCUUCCUUCCCUUCCCGGCCACGCUUUUCUCUUCCAUGCCCAAGUGUGUCCUGGCCAGUCCGCCCUGUCCCUCCACCUCAGACUCACCGAAGGCUUCACGAGAGAUCUUUAGUACCUGCUGCCUCUGCCUUCCCCAGGAGGGUUUUCUUGCCAAACUGGGCUUUAUACUUAACGGCCUAAGUGCCAUGUACUCUCACCUGAGGUUCUGUUUCUGCUGCCGUGCCAGCUGUGAUACACCAAAGAAAACUUCUGGCCUUUGUGCCCAGUUCCUGGCACAGGGCUUCCAGAUCCCAUGGGGUAACUGACCAAAGCUUUCACUUUGUCCUUUUUGCUCCCAAGGACAUUCUCCCAGACAUCCUGAGUUUAAGCUAACAGGGUGACUCAUGGUGACCCCUUGGAGUGUUUCAAGGGAGGCACUGCCCAAGCCAGAAAGUUUAGGCACAAGGUCAGAGGGUCAGAACAUCAUCCCACCUAUGGCCAAGGUCAUGCAUCUGACCUCCAACAUGGGCAGAUGCUCCUGAGCCUGGGCCCUCUCCCAGACUUGCCACGCUAAUACACACACACACACACACACACACACACACACACACACAAUAGCUGUGUGUUUACAGGAUUUACAAGCAGCCAUUUUUAGCCACUGAGCUAUCUCUCUAACCUGUUAUGUG